CACAGAACCCAUCAAGUCUUUGGCUAUUCACGGAACUGAGCCCCUUGUGCUGUCAGCAUCCGUGGAUGGCAAAAUUUUGCUGUGGGACUAUGCAAAUGACUGGCAUUUGAUUAAAACAUUUGAUGCGAGAAGUCAACGUUUGGUGCAAGUCGCGUUUAAUCCAAAGGACACCAAUAUGUUUGCUAGUGCUCAGGGCAAAACAGUAAAGAUUUGGGAUCGCCAGCAUGAUGAAUGCCAAUACAAAUUAGAUGGGCAUUCACAUCAGAUCGAGUGUUUUGAUUACUUUAGUGGUGGUGAUUUUGAUAAGCUAUAUAUAGUCACCGGCUCUCAAGAUAAAACUGCCAAGAUCUGGGACUGCGAGAAUGCGGGCUGUGUCCAGACACUGGAAGGACAUGCAGGUCCCGUUAGAGCUGUCUGUUACCAUCAGAAUCUCUCGUUAUUAAUUACAGGGUGCUCUGACGGAUCAAUUCAUCUAUGGAACUCCACUACCUUCAGGCUUGAGCAUAAACUGAACUUUGCUGACUUCGGAUUACUGAGUUCUGUAGCUUGUUUGAAAGGAUCGAAAAGGAUUGCAAUCAGAAGCAGGGAAGGAUUAGCACUUGUAGACAUAGACAUAGAGGACAAGAAGGAUAGCGAUGUGGAGAGCAUCACGACUACUGCUUCCAUGAACGACACAGGUCCAAUUACAGAAGAGAACGGAGUGGCAGCAGACCAUAUCUCUGAUGACCACCUGGCGCAGGGCGUAGUAUAUGUACAUACAGAGAUUAUAGGCAAAGUCAAUUCAGCAUGCACCAUAGACGUCCAUCCGACAAAGCCAUGGAUGGUCAUCACUCAAGCUAACAAGUUUGUUCAUGUUUGGGACUACCAUACAAAGGUAGUGGAAUGGACGAUUCAGAUUAAGGGAGCGAAAGUUAGUUCAGCUAAAUUUAUAGCCAGCCAGGAUUGGAUUGUGGCGGGUACUACCCGUGGAUUCCUCCACGUGUACGAUUGCGAAUCGAGGAAGGAAAUACGCCGUCUUUGUGAACACCCGAAAUCUAUCACGUCAUUGGCUGUUGACGAUGAUGCCCUUGAGCUGGUGCUGUCAGCGUCCAUCGAUGGCAAGAUUUUGAUCUGGAGCUACUGGCACUACUAUCACGCACGUAGACGUAGUACCUGGCAUUUGGAAAAAACAUUUGACGCGGGAAGCCAGUGUCUGAAGCAAGUCGCGUUUAUUGCUCCAAGUGUCCAUCGCAGCAGCAGCACUAUCAUCGCUACUGCUCGAGACGGAACAGUAAAGAUUUGGGAUCCCGAUCGUUCUGACGGAUGCCGUGAGUUCACAUUGGCUGCGGAUUCAGGUCAGAUUGUUGAAUGUUUCGAUUGGUUUAGUCGUGGUACUGAUAUAUACUUGGUCACCGGUUCUCGAGACAACACUGCCAAGAUCUGGGACAUAGAGGAUGGGAGUUGUGUCCGAACACUGGAAGGACACGCAGAUCAUGUUACCGUUGUCUGUUACCAUCCGGAUCUUUCAAUGCUCAUUACAGGUUCAAGGGACGGCUCGAUUCGUCUGUGGAACUCCACUACCUUCAGGUUUGAGCAUGAGCUGAACUUUGACCUCGGGUCUCUGAGUUCUUUAGCUUGUAUCAAGGGAUCAACAAGGAUUGCAAUCGGAUAUGAAAGAGGUCUAGUACUGGCAGACAUUUGCACUCAGGAACAUAGAGCAUGAUCUAUAAAGCGGCAUAAUACCUUGAGAGCGACAGAAUAAAAUCUAAACAUUGAUAAAGCGGCAAAAAUCCCUGGCAAACAUUUGCUGAUGCGAUGGGAUUGCAUCCAAACAUUUUUCUUGGUAAGCUAAUAGACUGCAAUAAGUUUUUCCAUGGACUUGGGAGGUGUCGAUCUGCGGAUAUGCUUUUGUAUGGUUUAAACAUAUCAUCGGAUAGAAAUUUAUACUACUAUAUUAAAAAUUUAAUAUGGAC